UAUUAUCACUAUUAGUUGUGGUCUUCGUGGAGGGUAAAACAGUCAUUUCAUCUUUUCCUUCAUUGCUUUCACGCUACUCCCGAAACCCACAAAGCCACACCGUCACUCCCCAAACUCCACAUCGCUUCUCUCUUCUUAUCCGGCGUACAGUCUGCACGUCUGCUUCAUGGCCUCUUGUCGCCCGCCACCGGCGAAGCCUCUCGAUCUCGAACUCACCAUAGUCUCCGCCAAGCACCUCAAGAACGUCAACUGGAAAAACGGCGACCUCAAAGCCUACGCCGUCUUCUGGGUGUAUCCUGACCGGAGGCUGUCUACCAAGUCCGACGACUCCGGUUCUACACGACCCGUUUGGAACGAGCGCUUCACGCUUCCUCUACCUCUUUCUCCACAGGAAUCCUAUCUUACACUAGAGAUAUUCCACUCUAAGCCCAGUGAAACCCCCAAACCACUCGUCGGCACCCUCCGGCUGCCCUUGAAGGAACUCUCGGACCCAGAUGACUCGACCAGAAUUCGAACGUUUGAGCUGACCCGCCCAUCUGGUCGUCCUCAAGGUAAGAUCAGGGUAAAGCUCGGUUUCCGUGAGCGCCCUCUGCCACCACCGCCACCGCCGCCAGUGGUUUCUGAUUACCACCAUAGUAUCCCUCCACAGAACUAUUACUACAGCACUGCUCCUAUGCCGCCACCUCCUGCGCCACGUGAUUACAGAUUCGGGCCCACAAUUCCGCCUCCUCUUUCGCCGUCACCGCCACCUCCGCCUCCUCCAUACUCUUCUUAUCACGAUGGCUACCAUCCGUAUUAUUCGGGAUAUUACUCCUCGGCCCCACCCCCGCCAAGGCCCUUCUUUGAUCGCACGGGCACUUACGGUGGGCCUUCUGCGCCGGUUGAUUAUUCAGCGUAUGAUCAGAGACAGAAAGGAGGGAAGAUGGGGUUUGGUACAGGACUGGCUGUGGGCGCGGUUACUGGGGCUCUUGGUGGUCUAGCAUUGGAAGAAGGAUUGAAAUAUGAAGAGAAGAGCGCAGAGAGGGUAGAGAAUGACCUUGCAGGGCGUGAUGAUUAUAGUGAGUAUCGCGUGGACUAUUGAUGGAUAAAUUGCUGGUUUGGUGAGGCUUUUAAGUGGUAACUUGUGCUUAUUUGUUUGUGAUUUCUAUGGUACAUAUGUGUAUAUACACAAUCUAUGUGGGAUGGAAUGCCACUUGGUGUUUGAUAAUCUUAAUCGAAAGGAAAUAAAUUCUGGUUCUAAUA